CUGCUGGGGAGUGGGAAGAAGAGACCUGCAGGGAGCUGGGGGAGACAGCUCCAGCCACUUUACAUACCAUUCUCAAGUUCACCUUUGGGGGAAACCUGAGCUGAAGAGCUGCCACAGGUGGACUCAUUACCCUGAACUGGGAACUGAAGUAGAAGAAAAUUCUACCAUGAUGUCUCUUGGUGUCAGCAAAGGGGGUGUUAUCCCACCUAGUGAAGAAGAUCGCAAGAAGAUCAUCAGACAGAUGAAGGUACGCACCACACUAAAAGGAGAUAAGAGCUGGAUCUACCCACAAAACUCAGACAAUGAGGAGGAGAUGAAGAGCAGCCCAUUGCACUCACCAUGUAGGUCUAGCAAGAUCGACGGGGGAUCCCCAGCCUCAGCAUCUGUUACACCCCACGGUGACAGGUUGCCAGGUUCCAAGCCCACCUCCGGUUACCUCAUCAGGGGGGUGUUCACCAGGACCAUUGACAAGACUCCGCCCGAGAGCACCUUCUAUUCCAAUGGCACGCAGAAAAGUGCUGCAGCUCAGGCUAAGAGUGCCAGCCUCCCCCGCUUCUCCUCCGGAUACAAGAUGACAACUGAGGAUUACAAGAAACUGGCUCCAUUCAAUGUCAGGCAAAUAUCAGUGGAGUCAGAUGAAGAGAAACCAUCCUUUUCCCCAGAUGAACAUAAGAAGAGGACAGAGGCAGCCAACAAUGUACUGAGGCGCACAGCCAGCAGGGAGCGCUCUUACGUCCUCUCUGCUGCCAAGAAAAGCCAUGGAAGCCCAACACAAGAAGUACCACCCUUCAUUGCCAAGAGGGUUGAGAUUGAGGAGGAAGGACGACUGCGCAUGCAGAGUCAGCCCCUUCCGGCUUCAUCAAGGUUCGGUUUUAGUGGCAAAAGUGAUAAAGUGGAUGAAGAGAAGCCUGUUGGGACUUCUCCAGGUGAAGCAAUAACAUCCAAACCCGCUCUGGCUACAGGCAGAAGUGAAGAAAGAGUUAUAAAUGACCCCAAGCCAAUGCCUCAGAGUGAAAUAAAGUUGAGAGUCACCUCCUCCCCAGAGAAAAGUGACAAACCAGUUAAAGCGGAGCCUGACCUGAUCUCCUGGGAUGAAUCGAUUCCAAAAGCCACCACCAUUUCCACAGGGGAAAGCUAUCCUGAUUCCCUAGAGGCUGGCAAUGAAUUUGACCCAAUAAAGUCCAACUCAUAUUAUAUGGACAAUACAGCUGACCCCCCAUCUGAGACACGCCACCGGUACAGGGUUCCUGAAUACCUGGAUGACACAAAUUCUGACCUCACAAGGUCCAGCCCUCAAUCUAGAGACAUCCCCGCACAUCACACUGAUGCCAGAUUCACAGUCCCUGGAUACCUGGGUGAUACAGAAUGUGACCCUAAAAGAUCUGUCCCAUGCUAUGAGGAGAGACGUCCCACAAGAGAGAUCAGAUACGAGAGUACCAAAGCCACAGAACACAAAGAGCCUGAACUGAAUGUGGCAAAGUCCAGCCCUUCUUCUAGAGACAGCAGCGCUGUUACCCAAGAGAUCCGAUACAAAGUCCCCAUGCAUCUGGAUGAUGAAGAAUUUGAUUUCAACAGGUCCAGCUCUCAUUCUACAGAAAGCAAUGUUACUAUCAAUGACCCAAGACACAGAAUCCCUGGGUGUAUGGAGGUUGGGGAAUUGGACUCUGAAAGGCUUUCUCCCUUGAAGGGCAAUACUGAUGCUGAGAAUGAGAACAUAUCUACUAUCCGAUCCAAGCCUCUUACCACUAGAAAGCACACUGAGCCUGACGUGAACACGGCACAAACAGUCCCAGGUUAUGAAGGGAGAAGCAGCCCCAGGGACACCAGAUACGAGAGUCCUAGAGCCAGAGGGCACAAUGAAUUCGACCCCAAUAUGCAAAGGUUUCCCUCAGCUUCAAGUGAGAGGAUCUCCAUGUCUACUGCCAGCUCUCAGUACCACAGUCCAUCAGCUGUGGGAUACAAAUCCAACCCCAGCACUGCAAGCAAAGGGAUCCUCUUUGUGAAGGAGUAUGUAAACAGCCGUGAGUUAUCUCCACGCGAGAGCAGUGACAGCUUGGUUGAUUUGUCUGACAUAGAGAGAGCAAGCUACCUGCACAGCAGCACCUCCCAGAGGUCAUGUGAAGGUGUCUGCACUUACUGUGGCCAUGAGAUCCGAGACUGUCCUAAGAUAAUGAUAGAACAUCUCAACGUUUACUGCCAUGAAUACUGCUUUAGGUGUGGGAUUUGCCAUAAGGCAAUGGGAGACCUCCUGGAUAAAAUAUUCAUUCAUCGUGACAUUGUCCACUGUGACCAGUGCUAUGAGAAGCUCUUCUAGAUCUUGAAGAACUGAAGGAGCCAACCAGUUGGAAGACUUCAGCAGUGUAUAUGGGAAUGUAUCCAGCAGUGCCUGACUGGCUAAGAUACCAAAUUUCCUGCUACCCCUUUCCUGGAGUUAUUUCCCUCUCACCAUCUCAUCACAAUGAAUGAGUUUAACAUCCACUAGUUUAUUUUGUUAACAGCACACAAGACAAGUGCCGACAUUAAGGAGAAAAGGGAGUGUCCUCUGCAAAAGAGAAGUGGCCUGAUUUUUGAAAGGCGCUGAGCACCUCCAGCUACCAUUAACUUCAGUGGGAUUUGUGAGUGUUUAGCACCCUGGAAAUCAGGCAGAAGCUUCUCUCUGAGGCUGAUAUGUUAGGAUUCUCUUUUAUCUUUCCUUUUCUUUGAUUUUUACAAUCGGAGUGCAUCUUGGUCUGCAUCUGGUUACAUCAGUCAGGCUGCCUAUAGGUACUAAAGGUGUGAAAGGCCAAGCUUAGGGCCUUGGGAGCUUAUCCAAUGCAGGCUGAAUCUAGCUGUAAGAGAAGCUUCAUUCCCAUAUUCUGAUGAUAAAUGACAAUUGCUUUCCCCUUGCCUGCAAUGGAUUUUCUGAAGAACUUGCGGACUGACUUUGCCUUAAUUGUGUGUGAGCUUCAAUUUCCCUUUUCUUCCUACUCUCCAGUGGAUUCCUUCAGCAGCAUGCAUGUCUGCUACAUGUUUUGGAGAGCUUGCACAUUUUUUCACCUGGAAUGCUAGUUUAACUUUGUGUGGGGUGACUCUGAUUGCCUUACACAAAAUGCCCAGUGAGUAUUCAAUUCUACUGUCCCUCAUUACAUGGAAUAUCUCUCAUCUAAGAUCUAAAUUGACUUCUCUAUAAAUGCCUGUUGUUAUCCCACUUCUAUAAUUACUGUAAAUUAUUUACAGCACAAAUGCUGAAGCAUAAAACUUAGGUUGUAACCAAUGUACAUAACUAAAAAUAUAGCUCUUGAGUAAUUUUUAGCUCUCACAUUCAGCCUUUGUUAAGGCUGAGAGUUAUGCCACUGAGAUUGUUGGUCACCUUGGAGCUAAAAUAUAGCUCCAAGUAUUCAUCACUCAUAUUGGACACCUCAAAAUUGAGGCACUCAAUCACUGCUCACUUUUGAAAAUCUUGGUGUGAAGUACCUUGGGAAUCACUGGAAGAGCAGCUGGGACAAGGUAGAUGUGUUUGGGGCACUAUUUUUGUUGCAAAACUCCUGUUGCAAGGCUGGCUCUCCCACAGUCUAAGGGGAUUAUUUAAAAUCCCACAACACGACACUCUAUUAUAGGUGCUCCUUCUGCAGAAGAUACACACAGCUAAUUGUUAACUAAUUCCAUAGGUUCCUGUUUGAUGUUUGAUAUGAUCUUGCAAAGCAUUGCGGAAUAGGCUUCAGUUCAUUAUAAUUUUUUUGCUUCAUCGUUGUUGGUUGCUGUGUUUCUCUGUAGCAUUUGUUUAACCUCUAUGUACAAUUCUAAUAAACACCAAUUUACUUACCUGUG